AGUGUUAUUGAAGUUAGCUAGCAUGAGCAGAAUAAUGUUAGUUUCGCUAUUCGGUUUAGUGGCAUUUGAGCAUGAAUUAGAGAGUAUAAAGAUGACUAAAGUGUCUUAUUACUAGUGUGUUAGCUGUGUGAAGCCCAGGGGUUAGUUUGUGUUGAUGUUUUUCACCUCUGACAGGAAAUAAGUGGUUUGGGUGAAACUUUGAGACUGAAUCAGUAACAUGUUCGGUUUUAGGGGUUAUAGGGUGUGUGUGUGAGUGUGUGUGUGUGUGUGUGUGUGUGUGUGUGUGUGUGUGUGUGUGUGUGAGAGAGAGAGAGAGAGAGAGUGUGUGUGAGAGUGAGAGCAGAUGUGAGUCUGCAGCUGUGACCUGGUUAAAUUACAGAUAGCAGUUUUUUGUCAGUCAGAAAGCUUCAGGAUGUCUGAAGGGGACGAUGAUGUGCCUCUGAUCUUAACCUGGGACGAAACAGGUGACCUGCUGGAGGAGAACGGCGGUGGAACCUACGAUGCUCUAAACAACAUGAGUAACCCCACAGCCUCGGACUCCAGCUGCCACAGCUCCUUACGGCAGAGCUGGGAGAUGAACUAUCAGGAAGCAGCUAUAUAUCUACAGGAAGGGGAGAAUAAUGAUAAGUUUUACACACACCCACGGAACCCCCGCGCUCUCAGUGCCUACCUGUUCGUCCACAAUCACCUGUUCUACCUGAUGGAGCUCCUGACCGGGACGCUGCUCAUGCUGCUCUCACUGUCUGAGGCUCCGGCUGUGCCUUCACUCCGACUCGACGUCUACGUUCACGCCACUCUGGAGCUCUUGGCGUUGGUGAUGGUGGCCUUCGAGCUGUGCAUGAAGCUCCGGUGGCUUGGAUUUCACACAUUCAUUCGGCACAAGAGAACGAUGGUGAAGGCGAGUGUGUUGCUGAUCCAGGUCGUCGAGGCGAUCGUAGUGUUAGUGAGACAGACGUCUCACCUGCGAGUGACCCGUGCCCUCAGACCCAUAUUCCUGGUUGACUGUCGCUACUGCGGUGCUGUGCGCAGGAACCUGCGUCAGAUAUUUCAGUCGCUUCCUCCGUUCAUUGACAUCCUCCUCCUCCUGCUCUUCUUCAUGGUCAUCUUCGCCAUCCUUGGUUUCUGUAUGUUCUCCACCAACCCAGCUGACCAUUACUUUAACACACUGGAGAACAGUGUAGUCAGUUUGUUCGUGUUGCUCACCACUGCAAAUUUCCCAGAUGUGAUGAUGCCUGCGUACUCACGGAAUCGCUGGUCCUGUAUAUUCUUCAUCGUUUAUCUGUCCAUCGAGCUUUACUUCAUCAUGAACCUCCUCCUGGCCGUGGUGUUCGACACGUUUAACGGUGUCGAGAAAGUCAAGUUUAAAUCUCUUCUCUUACACAAACGCUCUGCCAUUGAACAUGCAUUCAAGCUGCUGGUCAGCCGCCAGAGACCUGAUGGAAUUUCUCUGAGGCAGUUUGAUGGACUGCUACGUUUCUAUCGGCCGAGAAUGAGGGCAUGUGACCGCUUUUACACGUUUAAAGCUCUCAACCAGUCAGGAACACCCGUGCUCAGCCUGGAGGACUUCUAUAAUGUGUAUGAGGUGAUGGGUCUAAAGUGGAAGGCUCGGCGUAGUGGUGAACACUGGUUUGAUGAUCUUCCUCACACUGCUUUCAUCAUUUUUAAAGGGAUCAACCUGGUGGUGAAAUCCAGAGUGUUUCAGUACGUCAUGUAUAUUGUUGUGGCUGUCAAUGGAGUCUGGAUUCUGGUGGAGACCAACAUGUUAAACAGUGACUAUAACUGGUCCCGACUCGUACCCUGGAGCUACAUUGUGUUUCUCACGAUUUAUGGUGUUGAGGUUCUAUUAAAAAUCACUGGUCUUGGUCCAUUGGCUUACUUUAGCUCUGGGUGGAACCUGUUCGACUUCUCCGUGACAGUCAUCGCAUUCCUGGGUUUGAUCGCUCUUGCCUUCCAAAUGGAGCCGUUCUACUUUAUUGUGGUUCUGAGACCACUGCAGUUGCUCCGGCUGUUUAAGAUCAAGCAGCGUUUUCGUAAUGUGUUGGACACCAUGUUUGAGCUGUUUCCCCGCAUGGCCAGUCUUGGACUGACUCUCAUCAUCUUUUAUUACUCGUUUGCGAUUGUCGGGAUGGAGUUCUUUGCUGAUGUUGUCUAUCCCAACUGUUGCACCACCAGCACCGUCGCUGAUGCGUAUCGGCAAAUCAACGUAACCAUCGGCAACCACACGGUGCUGCAGGAGGGGUACUACUAUCUCAACAACUUCAACAACAUCCUCAGUAGCUUUGUGACUCUGUUUGAGCUGACGGUUGUCAACAACUGGUAUAUCACUAUGGAGGGUGUGACAUCACAGACAAGUCACUGGAGUCGCCUUUACUUCAUGACCUUCUACAUUGUCACUAUGGUUGUAAUGACAAUAAUUGUGGCCUUCAUCCUCGAUGCGUUUGUCUUCCGGAUGAACUACAGUCGCAAAAACAGGGAACCACAAGAUGACCUGGAAGAUGAAAAGGGGAUCGUGUUUGAAGUGGAAGUGUCUCGUGCUGAAGCGUUACAGACACUGGAACUAUACAAACACACCCUCGCUGGGACCAACAUCAGUUCACUGCAGGAAAUGUGUGUGUCUAUGGACAGAAAUGGACACUCCAGUCUAGUGUUCCAGGGUCGAAGGUCGCGCACUAAAAGUGACCUGAGCAUGAAGAUGUAUCAGGAGGAGAUCCAGGAAUGGUAUGAAGAAUAUUCCAGAACGAACCUACCUCAGCCUGAUUGUGUGCUUCCUCCAGUCCUGGACAGCUCUGAUUCUACAUACAGCAUCAAUUGACACACACACACACGCACACACACACGCACACACACACACACACACACACACUCCUGGAUAAAUGUUGUUUUAUGUAAACGAAAGACCUUCUCAGCCAUCUUUCUCCUCAUAAUAAAGGCUGUUCUGCGGGUCGCCAUAGCGACGACCCUUUCGCGUAUUCUCCACCGACUUCCUGGUCACACCUAGCUAAACUGAUUAGCCAACAGAAAGCCUUAUUUCUCUUCACAUGCUCACGGUUUUGUGACCAAUCAGGGAUAAGACCAGCUGUCGGACUGCACUCGGGUCCAGGAAUCCAUUUUAGUACCUUUUUAUUUUUCAGAAGCACAAACGACCUUCUGAACUUUUAUUUAACCACAGAGAUUACUUACCGAAACACACACACACACACACACACACACACAAAGGUCUGGCUUUAUCGGCUAGACACACCAAGUUCUCGGUUUCUGCUAAAGCAGAAUGUAAUUAGCAUUAAAAUCCUUUAAUGCAGUCUUUCAGCACAUUUACUGUCUAUAUUGUCUUAUAUAAGCUGCGUAUACAAACAUUAAAAUAACAGAACGUUGACUCUGUAGCUUGCGUUAGCUGAUUCCUACUGAUCCUAAUGUUUAUUCACAGUUAGCCACCUCGUUAGCUCAGACCUUCCAGUUCCCAUAGCAAUAAUCUGGGCCAAACAAACCGACCAGCCAGAUUCCACUCAACUAUUUAACGAUCCUCUCACACUGAGGGCUAAUGGUCACAUGUCCAGAAUCUAUCAUGCUAAGUUCUCUAAACAGCUCUUUCUUUACUUUACCUCGUCUGAGUUUUUACAGUCAGAUAAAUAGCUAGUAGGCUAAUGCUAUGCUAGUCAGGUGCACAUGGUGGCACAAAAAAAGUAACUGAAAUGGUUUUUAAACCUGUUUUUUAAAGAGAAGAGAUUAUUAGCUAUUAGCUACGACCUUCGCAGCUGGCUAGCUAGCUAGCAGAUUAUCCUACCUUAGCAUUAAAGGAGUAGCUAAAAUGAUCAGCAUAUUAGCAUAUUAAAUAUUUAUCAGACUAUGAACUAAAUAAAAAGUAUUGAGGUUUUAAAUAAAGCAGGAUUGAGGAUAUGGACAUAAAGUUGCUAAUGAUGUCUACAGCUUAGUUUAUAUUAUCAAAAGUAUUAGCCCCUCUCCAAUAACCCAUCAUUAUCCACAUUAGAGACUUUUUUUCUCUCUCUCUCUCUCAUCGCUACGAUCCUGAUCCUGAUCCUUUAGAAAUGAUUUUACUUCUAAAGUAAAACUCUGUGAAGCCUGAAAUCUUCUCCACAGGCAUCUGUUGACCUCCAGUAUUUUGACUCUUGUGUUUUUAUAGAGCGAGUUUACGCCAUUUUACGGACAGAUGUGUUCUGUAUACAGACAUGUUUGUGAAUAUUUGCUUUACUAGUCGCACCGUAAGAGCUUUUAUUUAAAUUGAUGUGUGCAGUAGUGAAGCUGUUAAAAUUUCCUCCAACACUAAACCCGGUGGAGGGUUGAGUCACGACUGCUGCUCAUGCACCACUUUUCUAUUCCUCUUCUUUUGUAUAAAUAACAUAUUGAAUCUAUUAAACGGGUCAUUUUAGA